AUGCUGCGCACAGUAGCCCGCUCCGUCGCGCGUCAGAGCCGAACACUGAGAAGCGAGCACCGAACACCGCCGCGGCUCCGUCCCCUCUCCACCACCGCGGGUCGCAUGUCGAGCUCGACGCUCCAGCCAGUCGACGCUCCCGUGUCAGCUGCGCUUCCAGGCGACUCGUUCCAGCUGCUCCCCGAGGCCUCCAAGGCAGGCCAGGCCGAAGACGCCCUCUUCGAUGCGCAGGUGCAGGCCGUGAGGGACUGGUGGGCGUCGCCGCGCUACCAGGGCAUCAAGCGGCCAUACUCAGCCGAGGAUGUCGUGAGCAAGCGAGGGGCGCUGCAGCAGUCGUACCCCAGCUCGCUGAUGGCACGCAAGCUGUUCAACCUGCUGGAGGAGCGCGCGGCCAAGGGCGAGCCUGUACAUACGAUGGGUGCCAUUGACCCCGUGCAAAUGUCCCAGCAAGCGCCCAACCAGGAAGUGCUCUACAUCUCCGGGUGGGCGUGUUCCUCCGUCCUGACCACCACCAACGAAGUUUCCGCCGAUUUCGGUGACUACCCUUACAACACCGUCCCCAACCAGGUGCAACGCCUCUUCAAGGCCCAGCAGCUCCAUGACCGCAAAAACUGGGACAACAGGCGGAAGAUGAGCCCAGAGGAACGCGCAAAGACACCCUACCUGGACUACAUGCGCCCCAUCAUUGCUGACGGCGAUACCGGGCACGGCGGUCUCUCAGCAGUCAUCAAGCUGGCGAAGCUCUUCGCUGAGAACGGUGCUGCCGGCGUGCACUUUGAGGAUCAGCUCCACGGCGGCAAGAAGUGCGGACAUCUGGCUGGAAAGGUCUUGGUACCUGUUGGCGACCACAUCAACCGCCUCGUGGCCGCACGCUUUCAGUGGGACACCAUGGGUUGCGAGAACCUCGUCAUUGCCCGUACCGACUCGGAGAGCGGCAAGCUGCUGUCAAGCGCCGUCGACGUGCGCGACCACGAAUUCAUCAAGGGUGUCACGGAAGACACAGAACCACUGGCCGAGACCCUGCAGAACAUGGAGGCAGAGGGCGCACCGGGCAAGGAAAUCGAUGCCUUUGAGGCUGCGUGGGUCAAGAAGCACAAGCUCGUCACCUACGAUGAAGCCGUCGUACAGCAUCUAGAGAAAGAGGGCGCUUCCCAGUCCACCAUCCACACCUACCUAAACGAGACUAAGCAGAACCCAAACCUGUCCCUCCUUAGGCGCCGCGAACUCUCUGCGAAGCACACCAAGACCCCUGUGUACUUCAACUGGGACAUCCCACGAACACGCGAAGGCUUCUACCACUACAAGGCUGGCAUGGCCGCUGCGACAAAGCGAGGGAAGGAGUUCGCACCAUACGCUGACCUGUUGUGGGUUGAGACCGGUGACCCGAGUGUGGAGAAGGCUGCUGGCUUUGCUGGUGAGAUUAGGGAGCAGUACCCUGGCAAGAAGUUUGUCUACAAUCUGUCGCCUAGCUUCAAUUGGAUGGGUCAAGGUUUCAGUGAGGAGGCACUGAAGAGCUUCGUCUGGGACUUGGCUAAGCAUGGAUUCGUCUUUCAGCUCAUCUCGCUUGCUGGCAUUCACUCCACAGCAACGAUAACCUGCGAGCUGUCACGCGCUUUCAAGGAUGAGGGUAUGCUAGCAUACGUCAAGCUUGUCCAAUCUCGAGAGAAGGAGUUAGGCUGCGAUGUCUUGACACAUCAGAAGUGGAGCGGUGCUGGUUACAUAGAUGGCAUCCUCGGCGCGAUACAGAGUGGUAGUUCAGGCAGCAAAAGUAUGGGAGAGGGCAACACAGAAACAGGCUUCUAG